GGGAGAGAGGCUUCUUCCUUUCCUCUGGCGGCGGCCAUCAGGUGAGCCAAGAUGGGUGCGUACAAAUACAUCCAGGAGCUAUGGAGGAAGAAGCAGUCCGACGUGAUGCGCUUCCUUCUGAGGGUCCGCUGCUGGCAGUACCGACAGCUCUCCGCGCUGCACAGGGCUCCCCGCCCCACUCGGCCCGAUAAGGCGCGAAGGCUGGGAUACAAGGCCAAGCAAGGUUAUGUCAUUUACAGGAUUCGUGUCCGCCGUGGUGGCCGCAAACGCCCAGUUCCUAAGGGUGCAACUUACGGCAAGCCUGUCCACUAUGGUGUUAACCAGCUAAAAUUCGCGCGAAGCCUUCAGUCUGUCGCUGAGGAGAGAGCUGGACGCCAUUGUGGGGCUCUGAGAGUCCUGAAUUCUUACUGGGUUGGUGAAGAUUCCACAUAUAAAUUUUUUGAGGUUAUCCUCAUUGAUCCAUUCCAUAAAGCUAUCAGAAGAAAUCCUGACACCCAGUGGAUCACCAAGCCAGUCCACAAACACAGAGAGAUGCGUGGGCUGACAUCUGCUGGCCGCAAGAGCCGAGGCCUUGGAAAGGGCCACAAGUUCCACCACACUACUGGUGGCUCUCGCCGUGCGGCCUGGAGAAGACGCAAUACUCUCCAGCUCCACCGUUACCGCUAAUACAGUAAUGUUUGUAAAAUUCAUGCCCAAUAAACAAUUUAGGACAGUCAAAAAAAAAAAAAAAAA